AUGCCAACCAAUUCUAAAUCACAACUGCAAGUAACUGUAAACGAAUCAAAUCAUUUAAUAUAUCAAUUAAUAGCUACUAGUAUUUAUUGUAUUACUUAUCUUCGAGAUAUUUUUGAAGAUGAUAAUUAUUUAGAUUUGAAAUUUUACUCAAGUGCAACACCGUCUGAUGAUUUUAUCAAAAUUAAAAAAUUAAUUAAAGGUCAUUCUUCUAAAGCUGAAGCUUUGAUUCAUUGUGUUGAACAUGGAAUUAAAGAAGCAAUUGAAUUUGGUUAUCUUAAAGCUAUUCAAUUUAUAAUUUAUACUAAUGUUGAAUUAGAAGCACAUGAAUCUUAUUUAUUUCAUAUUGAUUAUCAAAAUGAAUGUGUUUCAGUAUCUUUAAAUAAUGAAUUUGAAGAAUAUACUACUGAUUCAUUAUUAUCCGAAAUGCAACAAUUGAUUAAAAGAUUAUUAUUAGUUACUCAAACUUUCAAAACUAUUAAAGAUGAUAAGAAUAUUAUGGUUAGAUUAUUAUUCACUGAUGAUUGUCCAUCCAAUUAUCAACCUCCAUUCUUUCAAGAAACUAAAGAAUCUACAACUAUUAAAGUUUUGAAAAAGGAAUCUCAUUUUGAAGUUGGUAGUAUUAAUAUACCUGAAACUUACGUCGAUGCCUAUGUGUUUGUAUCUACUACAAAACCCGAAUUUAUUGAAAUAGAUCCAUUUAAACAUUUAUAUCCACCAAUUGGAGAAAUUCCAGCCUCAUCAUUGAAAACAAGGAUUGUAAAAGAAGAAGCUAAGGAAGUAUUUGAAACUCAAGUUGGAACUCAAGUUGUUGAGGAAACAUUUGAAACUCAAGUUCGAACUCAAUUUGGUAUUGCUAAAUGUCGUACUUGUGAUCAAGAAUUUGAUUUAUUAUUAUUUGGAUAUGAAUUAGGUACUACUCAUUCAAUUCAAUGUUAUGAUUGUAUAUAUAAUAAUUAUCCAUUAGAUUUACAAAUUUUAAUUAAAACUAGAAAACUAUAUACACAUUUAGAAAACAAUGAAGCAUUUCCAACAUUUGAAGAAUUAAAAGAAAUAAUAAAUUUAGAAUCUAGUAUCAUUGUUCAAAUUUUGAAUUUUUUAUUCAAAUUUAAUUUUAUCAUUUUGGUCAAUGAUUUUAAUUUUAGUACAAUGAAUGAAAAAUGUAUUUCUGAUAGUUUUGUACCUCCAAUUGAUGGAAUAUUAUCAAAUGAUGGAUCUAAACUAGAUAUUGGAAAGCAAUAUUUUAUCGGAUUUGUACCAAACCUAAUUUUGAAAUUUCCUUUUAUGUCAUUUGAUAAAGAUGUUUAUUCAAUUUUGUUUCCAAAUUAUAAAAGAACAAGAAAAGAUUUGAUUAGUCAUAAUUUGAAUAAAUUUAGAAUGAUAUUUUAUGAUAAUUUAAAAAGUUCAUAUAUAAGUGAUUCAUUAAAUUCAAAUGAUUUACCAAAAUUGAAAUAUGUGACUACUUUAAGAUAUAAUAGUUCUCAAUUUUCAGCAUUAAGUCAAGCUCUGAAAUCUUCAAUUAGUUCAAAACGAACAAUGAUUGAAAAAAUCAAGAAAGAAAAUGAUUUUGAUUUCGAUUUUGAUCCAAAUGAAACUAUUAAAGAAAUUACAAAUGAUGCGAAUGCAAGUGGCGAAAUGUCAUUAUCUGAUUCAAUUGAUUAUUUAGCAUCACAACAACCUCCAGAACCAAUUAAAAGAAAAUUGGAAAAUGAUAGUGAUGCAAAUAAUGGAAAAAAACAAAUGAAAGUUAGUGUAAAUAAAUUUAGAUUCGAUUAG